UCCCUCAUUCCCCACACCACCAAACCCAACCCAAACCUUUUAAUUCUAACUUAGUUUCUCUAGUAGUAUUCAUCAUUGGAAAAUGCACUUCGAAGCAGCGGCGUCGUGGGGUGGGUACGUGGCGGGGCCGCCUCGGGGCACGGUGGUGGGUGACCCGGUGGAGCGCAUAGAGAGGCUGGCGUCGGAGAACGCGGUGGUGAUAUUCAGCGUGAGCACGUGCUGCAUGUGCCACGCCAUCAAGAGGCUGUUCUGCGGCAUGGGCGUGAACCCGACCGUGCACGAGUUGGACGAGGAUCCCAGAGGCAAGGACCUCGAACGCGCCCUCAUGCGCCUCCUAGGUUCCGCCUCUGUUGUCCCUGUCGUCUUCAUCGGAGGCAAGCUUGUCGGAACCAUGGACCGAGUCAUGGCCUGCCACAUCAACGGCACGCUCGUUCCUCUCCUCAAAGAAGCCGGUGCCCUCUGGCUCUAGUCAUUUAAUUAAUGGACCCACUUUUUAAGUAUAAAUAAAAAAACAAAAAAAAUGUUUUUAUUAAAUAUUAUUAUCAGUGAGGAAGGGGAAAUGGUCUUUUCCGAGUCUCUUCUCCCUUCCAUUUUGGAUACACUACUGCUACUUGCCCUCUUACUGACUUCUUAAUCGAUUCUACUUUUUUCGGUUUUGUGCUUUGCUUUGGGUUUGUUUUGGUUGGCUUGUUUUGUAAAGAUAAAAGGCAUCAUCAUAAUGAAAAGGAAAAAAAAAUUACUGUUUU